GGGCUUCACUCGCCGCCUCGCGCCGGGACCGGGAGCGCCGCGGGAGGCACGGGCCGUGGGGAGGGCGCUGCGCUCGGGCUACCCAAUGCUUGGACUAUCUGCCGCCGCUGCUCGUGCAAUAUGCUGGAGCUCCAGAACAGCUAAACGGAGUCGCCACACCGCUGCCUGGGCUGGAUCGCAGCGCUGCCUUUCCUUAUGAAGAAGACACAAACUUGGAUUAUCACUUGCAUUCAUCUUCAACUGCUCCUCUUCAAUCCUCUCGUCAAAACUGAAGAGAUCUGCGGGAAUCCCGUGACUGAUAAUGUAAAAGACAUCACAAAAUUGGUGGCAAAUCUUCCAAAAGACUAUAUGAUAACCCUCAACUAUGUCACCGGGAUGGAUGUUUUGCCUAGUCAUUGUUGGUUACAGGAGAUGGUAAAACAAUUGUCAGUCAGCCUGACUAAUCUUCUGGACAAGUUUUCAAAUAUUUCUGAAGGCUUGAGUAAUUAUUCCAUCAUAGACAAACUUGGGAAAAUAGUGGAUGACCUUGUGUAUUGCGUGGAUAACAUCUCACUUAAGAAUGUAAAAGAAUCAUCUAAGAGGCCAGAACCCAGGCUCUUUACUCCAGAAGAAUUCUUUAGAAUUUUUAAUAGAUCCAUUGAUGCCUUUAAGGACUUUAGGGCAUCAUCUGAAACUAGCGAUUGUGUGCUUUCUUCAACAUUAAGUCCUGAGAAAGAUUCCAGAGUCAGUGUCACAAAACCAUUUAUGUUACCCCCUGUUGCAGCCAGCUCCCUUAGGAAUGACAGCAGUAGCAGUAAUAGGAAAGCAGUAAAUUCUACUGGAGACUCUGACCUACAAUGGGCAGCCAUGGCAUUGCCAGCAUUCUUUUCUCUUGCAAUUGGCUUUGCUUUUGGAGCCUUAUACUGGAAGAAGAAACAACCAAAUCUUACAAGGGCAGUUGAAAAUAGACAGAUUAAUGAAGAGGAUAAUGAGAUAAGUAUGUUGCAAGAAAAAGAGAGAGAGUUUCAAGAAGUGUAAUUGUGGCUUGUGUCAACGUUGUUACCUUCAUACAUUGGCUGGUAACAGUUCAUGUUUGCUUCAUAAAUGAAGCAGCUUUAAAACAAAUUCCUAUUCUGUCUGAAAUGACAGACCUAAUCUUUAUCUGUUCUUGCUACCCAUGACUUUAUGUGGAUGAUUCAGAAAUUGGAACAGUGUUUUACUGUGAAACUGGCCAUGAAUUAAUCAUCUUUAAAGAAGAAUUUGCAUGGAACAGGACUCUGUUUGAAGGACCUGGAGUCUUGUGGUCUCAUUCAAACUUGCAAGUGAUGAGGGGAGAGAAAGCACGUGUUCCAGUCCACAUGCACCAUUUGCAUGGCUCCAGAAGUGUCUAAGUGCUGAAGAACACAGCUUUACUCUUCAGUUACAACCUAAAUCUGUAGUUGUCCUGAUCUCUGCAAGUCAAUUUCAAUCUGGAGAGUGGGGGGAAUAAUUUUUUUUUUCAAAGGGAACUAGAAAACAAUUUAAAAAACAAAACUCAGUAACAUCAGCCACUGAAUGGAGUGGAAAGCAGUGAAUGGGAAUGAUGAUUGGAGCAGGCACAUCAGCUCUUAGGUGCUGAUUAACAAAAGGGGUCUGACCUUGAUAUCUUCCUGACAGACCAUGCUCACCCAUAUCCCACUAGAGAGAGGAACAUGGUUGGCUGGUUCUAUCCAUGCAGGGGAGCCAGUGCUGAAUUAGAACUGUGAUGCAUUGAUGUAGGGAAGACUCUCUGAAAGUAGUCAUUGCAGGAAGAAGUUAUGAACACUGACCAGCUGAAGACUGGGCCAAGAAGGACACUUGGCCCCUCUAGUGACGUUGGCCUUUUCCCUUGAUCACUCUAGAGUGUAUAAAUAUAUUAUGACAUGUUUAUCUUCUAGAACUAUUACAAAGGUAUGUAAACGGACUUGGGAGAAAAUGCUGAAUCUAUGAAGUUCCCAUUUUUAGUUUCCAUCAUGGGAGAGAAUAAAAAUUAUGAUUAUUUAGCAUCUAGGAUUAGAAAACCACACCCACAUGCUGAUAUGGGUGUUGAAAACUAGGUUACUUGGAUUUUACAAGACUGCAAAGAAUCAGGAAACUUUAGUUAACUUUAGCAUAAUCACCAUUAUGUGUUUAAAGGAACCAUUUAUUUAAAAAUCAGGCACUCUAUAUUCAUUAAGGUUCAUGAAUUAUAAAUAAAAAGAGAGCUUUAUGUAGUUAUGCAUGUCAGUUUGCUAUUUAAAAUGUGUGACAGCAUUUGUCAUAUUAAGAGUGAAUUUGCCAGGAAUUCCUAAGGUGGACAUUGUGCUUUUAAAUUAAAAUUUGUAAGACACUAUGUAAAUUCCCCCUUACCAUUUUUUAUAGUCAGAAGAACACCUGGCUAAAGUCAAAAAAUGAUUUUUCUUAUGGUUUGAUUUUGGUGAAGAUUUUUUUUAAUGUAUCAUGAGCAAAUACAUAAAGGGAUCCAAAGUUUUUCAUUUUAAUUUAAUCCUUAUGAUAACAUUAUUGCCAUAUACUAUAACUAUAAGAUAACCAUUUUUAAAUGUACUUAUUCAAAAUGGCAUGAAAAACAAACUGCUAGCUUUUCUUUGGUUUUAAAAGCCCAAGAAUUUCUAGUAUGUUUGGAUUUUAGCUUGUAUUCAAAGCGAAUUCAAGUGCAGCUCCAGUGUGUGGCCUUUGCUCUUUUUUAUACCAAAGAGCUCAAAUAAUUUCCAUGGUCCCUUUCUUCUCUGCAGUGCUGUGGUUCCUCAGGCACUAGUUAUUUUCUCUAAGCCCAACCCAAGUGCAUUGGGGAGCUUCAUUAACUUGUUCAGGCCCUCAAAUAUCCCAUGGUACAAUUGAUUAGCAAUAAAAUUAGAGAUCAGUUUAAUUGCUGAAAGGACCUAUCUCAGUGUGUGGCAUAGAUUGUUUUGGAAACUAGGUAUAGGUUAACUUGAGUUACAUGUGUGGGUGUGUAUAGGUUGAGAAUAUUGAUAUUUCUCAGUCUGAUGCUUUGAUCUAUUUAUCUAGAAGUUUCAAUUUACUUGAGCAUCUGAAAAUGCUAUUUACUGAACUUGAGUGUACAAUAAAUAUGCUUUUGUUCUCAAAGUUAGUUGUUGGGUUUUAACACUCAAGGGCAUGGUCUUAAUCAACAGACCUAAGUAAACAAAUUUAACAGGUUAUAAAAUUUAACAUGGUAGGGAUGGAUAUGUGUCCUGCCUAUUAUAUGUAUUGGUUCAUUGAGAGUUACAUGGAUUGUCAAUUUUUAAAACACUAAGGUUCAAUAAAAUGCAUGAACAAUAGAAAAAUGCUGAAUAUUGCUUCGGAUGCUAGCUGCUUGGAUAUUAACUAUGUCAUAUCUGCUUUCAGAUUAAAAAUAUGUAUCUUUGCUUAUUUUA